AUGCGCUUGCUUCUCCACUUCCUCCUUUCCAACUCUCCUUUUCCUCUUUCUAGCGCUCUCCCUCCCUUUCAAACCACCCUUUUCUCCCGCCCCCUCCCUGUCCACCGUUCCUCGCCCUUAGUGCAGCUGACGCCAGUGCAAGCGCUGGUGGGCGGCACAGCGGCAUCACAGCAGAGGCGGCAUCACGUGGUGGGCGUGGUGGCACAGCUGGAGGACGGCCGCUUCUUCCUUGAAGACCUCUCCGCCUCGCUGCCCCUAGACCUCUCCCAUGCCAUAUCCGCCCUCCCCUCCCGCACCUCUCCCACUCCCGCUACAAUCACUGCCCAAUCUCACUGCCUCACUCUCAACCUCGCUACACAUGACCACUCACACCAAGCACAUGAUCCCCAUCAUCUGUUUUCCUUGACCUGGCUUCCACCUGUAUCCCCUCUCUCCCUCCCUGUCCCUCUGUCUCUCCCAUCGUCUUUCCUCUUUCCUCGCCUAUUUCGGUGCCUCCCUAAUUCCGUCGUCAUUGCCUCGGGCCAACUCACUCCCUCUGGCUGCUUCAACGUGUCAUCACUGGAGUUCCCCCCGGUGGAGCCACGGGACGAGGCGCUGUCACUGGUGGAGGGGCUGGACCUGUUUGGCGCCGGGCCCAUCGACGCCCACCGCUACCAUGGGUAUGUGCAUGUGAGGAUGGAUGCCUGUGCAACACUAAGCCUGCAAGUGGGAGCAUGCAAGCUUGCAGUCUUGCUCACUCCUCUGCCAUCAAGUCUCAUGACCCUCAAACCGCUUCUCCACCCAUUCUUCCAUCUCCUUCCAGUGCUCUUAUCUCGUCAUCACGCUCCCCACUUCCCUCCUUUGUACAUCGCACCUCUCCCCGAGCCCCCCGCGCAUGAGCAGGCGUGGGUACAGCAGCGAGAGGCGGAGGCAGUGGAGGAGGGGCACAUGUUCAUCAUCAUGGCGGACAUUGCCCUGCAUGAUCCCCAGACCCUAUCGCGCCUGGCCACGGUGCUGGGAGCAUAUGACGCCCUGGACCACCCGCCGCGCCUCUUUCUGCUCAUUGGGGACUUCUGCUCCCCGCCCACCGCCCUCGCUUCCCCACACCUGCACGCUCACAGGGAGGCCUUCUCACAGCUGGCGAGGGUGAUAGGCGCGCACCGCCGCCUCAAGGACAAGUCGCUCUUCGUCUUCGUGCCCGGCCAGGCCGACCCAGGCCCAUGCGCGGUGCUGCCACGGCCCUCGCUGCCGCGCUUCUUCACAGAACCCAUCACCCACGCCCUCCCCUCUGCUCUCUUCUCCUCCAACCCUUCCCGCCUCAAGUUCUAUUCGCAGGAGCUGGUGGUGCUCAGGGCGGACCUGCAGCGCCGCAUGCAGCGCUGUGCCGUGCUGCCGCCACUCAAAGACACCGACCCCUUCACCCAUGUGGCGACCACGGUGGUGCACCAGGCGCAUCUGAGCCCACUGCCCCUUGCCGCCCAGCCUGUGUUCUGGGACUAUGACUUCACUCUGCAUCUCUUCCCCGCACCCCACGUGCUGAUUCUGGCAGACUCAUCAGCGCAGAGCAGCGCUGUGGUGAAUGACGUCAUCUGCAUCAACCCCGGCUCCUUCUCCCUCGAUGGCACCUUCACUGCGUACUACCCAGCCUCACGCACUGUGGAGCACUGCAAUGUGUGA